ACCUCCACUGGGUGGCGCUAAAACACCAGCUCUGCGUCACCUGCAGCCUGCACACACACCGGCAUGAAUCCGGCUGCUCUCUCAUCCGGCGGACACCUCAAAUCCAUUUCUCUGACUGCACGAAGACGCUGCCAAAACCCACCUGGAAGAGGAGGAUUGUAACCAAAAUAUCAUGCGUAAAACCAGAAACUAUGCGUGAAUGUCCGUGGUGUUGUCCAGCUGCUGAGGCGCUUUGGUGGAGGGGAAGUUGUGAGUCUGAGGCGGAGGACCAGCAGCAACUUUUAUAGACUUUUAAGUCUACAGAGUGCAAGUAGAAAAACCGCCUCAGUUUAGACUUGUUUGACUCGGGGAUUUCUCGCGUGGAGAGCUUUGAAAUUCUAGCAGCAGAGUAAGGUUAUGUGUUUUCGAGGGCGUCAAGAAGCGGAAAGGAAAUGGCAAUUCUGGUUUUGGUGGUUGACAAUGGAGAAUAAAUGAAAGGGACGUUUCCGGGGGAUUAAUUGACAGCACAUCGACAGAGGCUGAAUUGUUGGGGAGUGACCCAUCUUGCAUUCUUACCAUCUAUUCUGAGAGUGGUGCGUGCAAAACAGGGACCAUAAACAAGCCGAAGCAAAAAGAAUGCAGGAGAGGGACCUCCAGAGUAUGUGCAGAAAGGCGCUGCUGCUGACCGUCUGUAUGGUAUCUCUCUGGGGACAACUGACCAGUGCAUCGUCACACAGAAGCCACAUAGUUCAUGUGAAAGCGGGUACCUGUGAGGUAAUUGCUGCACACCGGUGCUGCAACAAGAACAAGAUUGAGGAGAGAUCCCAGACUGUCAAAUGCUCCUGCUUCCCUGGACAGGUGGCGGGAACAACGAGAGCAGCUCCAUCAUGUGUAGACGCAUCCAUAGUUGCACAGAAGUGGUGGUGCCAGAUGCAUCCCUGCAUGGAUGGAGAAGAGUGUAAAGUGCUGCCAGAUCUGAAAGGAUGGAGCUGCAGUACGGGAAACAAAGUUAGACAACCAAGGUCACACGAUAGUCAUCAUCUGAUCCAGGAUAACCUUGUUGGGAACCAGGCAUUGUUUCUUCAAACUUCAACGUAGGACAUUUGGAUAUCAUGUGUUUAAAAGAUUGGGGGAAACCGGGGACCAACGAGGACAAAAACCACGGACAUUCCUCUGAUGGGAUGGACAAAAAGGAGCAGGGAGUUUCACUUUAAGACUACAUUUCCAGAAAAGAUUCCUGACUUUAGAUCCAGCAUCAACAGUAGCUGAACUCUACUGCCCACCAAAUCUCUCUUUGUAUUAUAGAUUUGUUCCUAUUGACUCAAAGACUCCGAGAACCAUGAAGAUAUUUAUUGACUGACAGACUGUGGAAUACACCAGAAAAGAGAAAUAUCACCCUUAAAAACAAAACCAUGUGAUGUGAAACUUUUGUGUUACUUUAUCGCCACAAAGAGCCCUGAGACUCUUGAUGCAUAUCUGUGUUGAAGAUCAAGUGAGAUCAUAAGCUUUUUCAUUCCUUUUAGCCUUAUGAAGCAAAAAUCUCUUAUGUUUCUUUUUUGUUGGGAAAAAAAAAACUUUAAAGUCUUUGGCUUUCUUGAGUUUGUUAGAAUGUCUUCUUUUUAAAGACGAAAGACGAUGCCACAACAAUAACACCCACAAAAACAUGUAACGAUGUUCGGCUAAAAGUCACCGAGGGUUAAUACAGCUGAGUUCUGCCAAAAUGUUUUAAUGGUAUAUGUUGUUUUCAAAGCCUGGUGACGACCAUUGAUACAAACAUGUCAAUAUUAUCUCAAUAAAUCUAACUAAAUGGAAA